UAUCCUGCACAGCCUUGGCCUGAGCAUCUUACUAGGGUCGGAUGCCAUGGGCUCUAUUUUGGUCAGACUAUUUUAAGUGUAAAAUUCAAACACGUGUAUCUCAUUGGUCAUAUCCUGAAGUCAAACAAAACAGAAAAAUGACAGACGGCUAUAGGCCGAAGCCACAACUGUGAUGUAAAGUAAAUAUAGAUUUUUUAUUCGACACCAUGUGUCUCCAUGGUGGUGAUGGGGAAUUGCUGUAUGUCCACACCAUCAGUCAACACUGAACAAACGGAAUUUAAUGGAGAUCGGAUAAUGACCAUUGCAACCAGUGCAGGGAACAAUUUGGGACUUAAUAAAAAGGACACAAACAGGACUCAGUACUGCACAAGGGUGUCAUACCUUUACCACAAGGAAUCUGAUAAUGAAGGAUCGACACAGGGCACUCAAGGUCAGAAAGCAGAUGUGAAGGGCCAGGCAGCUGGAAAAGAUGCUUGUUCUCCUGGACCUGAGAGAAGCUCGGAGUCUUCCCACACUAUGCAAAAACGUGCUCAGAAGGAGGCCAAAUCUACUCAUAGUGACAGUCAUUCAUCCCAGCAGGAUCUGAUGAAGACGCCGUCUGCUGAAGAUGAAAAGGGUGAUGUGGACCUGUACAGAGGAGAAGAAGAAAUUCAUAAAGAGCUGCAAGACAAGCAGCAGUCAAAGCCGGCGGCUGUUGGUGAGGCCCAGAGAAGCGUGUCAGCUGCCGAAGAUCUUCAGACCUACAGUGAGAGAGAAUGGAAAGGCAACACCACAAAAAGUCUGCUUAUUCGAAAGGGAUAUGAAGCAAUAGCCAGUGAGUUCAAUCUGCGCAGAGUAAGAGGUGAUAACUAUUGUGCAUUAAGGGCGACACUCUUCCAGGUGCUCAGCCAGUCAAAACAGCUUCCUGCCUGGCUACAUGACUCUGACAUUAGCAAGUGGCCAAAAGAAAUUCAGUCUGAUCAGGAUUCCAUUAAGGAUUGGCAGUUUCCAUUUGAAACUAGCAAUAGCAAAGUGCAGCAUCUUGAACAAUGUCUGGAGCUACUGAAGAAAAGGAUAUUUGAAGAACUGUAUGUUCUUCAAUAA